AUCUUACGAAUUUCCUUUUCUCCGUUAAACAACAGGUGCUGAUAGAGGUGCUAGAGCUGCUGGCGCCCCGAUGUCACAUUUCGCCGCUGAGCAAGGAAAUUUUCCACCUACUGCAGACGCCACAUUUGCAGAGCCUUUUGUUCGCACACGACGCCAUCGCGCAAAAAGACUUCUACCCACAUCUGCCGGAAAUUCCCGUCGAGGUUGACGAAGACGAGGAAACCAUCAAAAUUGUUCAGCUGGUUAAGAGUAACGAGCCACUGUGUGCAGGAGCACAGAGUGCGGAACCAAUAGUAGGAGCCACAAUCAAAACCGAUGAGGAAACCGGAAAGAUUAUCAUCGCCCGGAUCAUGCACGGUGGAGCGGCCGAUCGUUCCGGUUUGAUACACGUGGGCGAUGAGGUCAUCGAGGUCAACAAUAUCAACGUCGAGGGCAAAACUCCGGGAGAUGUGCUGCAGAUUCUGCAAAACUCCGAGGGAACCAUCACGUUCAAACUGGUCCCAUCGGAUGGCAAGCUGGAUCAGAGAGAAAGCAAGGUUCGGGUGAAGGCGUAUUUUGACUACGAACCGGAAAAUGAUCCCUAUAUUCCGUGCAAGGAAGCUGGGCUUGGAUUCGUACGAGGUGACAUCAUGCAUGUUGUUUCACAGGACGAUUCCUAUUGGUGGCAGGCUCGAAAAGAAGGCGAAAAAACUACUCGAGCAGGACUUAUUCCCAGUAGAUCUUUACAGGAACGACGCAUCCUCCACGAAAGAACCGCUAAGGAAACUAAUGGUGAAACUAAAAAAGGUUCAUGUGCCUCCAUCUGUUCGACCCCACCGGGAUCACCCAACCCGAAUAACCCAUGCCGUGGACCGAAAACUAAAAAGAUCAUGUACGAUACAGCGGAAAACGAUGACUUCGAUCGGGAACUGAUCGCCACCUACGAGGAGGUCGCCAAGCUGUACCCCCGACCGGGAGUCUACCGGCCGAUCGUGCUGAUCGGAGCUCCCGGAAUCGGUCGUAAUGAGCUGAAACGUCGUCUGGUUGCACGAGACCCGGAGAAAUACAAGAGCCCAGUGCCAUACACAACUCGGCCGAUGCGCCCCGGAGAGGUUGCCGGCCGGGAGUAUCUGUUCGUUUCCCGAGAGAAAAUGGAGAGCGAUAUCGCGAACGGCAAGUUCAUCGAGUACGGCGAAUACAAGGGUCACCUAUAUGGGACUUCGGCUGAAAGUGUCAAGACGAUCGUCAACGGGAGCUGUGUUUGCGUGCUGAGUCCCCAUUACCAGGCGCUGAAAUCGCUGAGGACGGCUCAGCUGAAGCCGUACAUCGUGCACAUUCGGCCGCCGGCGUUCGACCAGCUGAAGCAGUCCCGCACCAAAGCCCGGGCUCGAUCGACCUUCGAUGAGACCAAUUCGAGAGGUUUUACGGACGACGAGUUCCAGGAGAUGAUCAAAUCGGCCGAACGCAUCAACUUCCUGUACGGGCACUUCUGCGACGACGAAAUCGUCAACGGGGACCUGACGGAAGCGUUCGAGAAGCUGGUGGAGCUGGCCAACAAGGCCGAAACGGAACCCCUCUGGGCCCCGGCCAGUUGGGUCCAAUGAAUACGGCACAUCUGUUCCGCUGCGGCCAGUUACAAUAACCACCAUAACCAUCACCAGGGGCCUCCCAGUACGAUGUCGAUUCUGAUGAGCAGCAGAACGGAUCCAGCGCCAAUUUGUUGAGCUUACGCGUUAAUUGUUCGUACCAAAAACCAAAAAAAAACCCAAACAACCAAGGAAAAAUUGACAACUGUAACUGUAGCGUUAAAUAUUUCAUUUUGGGAAAAAAGAUCGUUUUUGCGUUGUUAUCAAAAGAUGAAAAAACUGUAACUAGGAUAGGAACGAAACAGAAAACUUUACUUAGCAUUAAAUUUCUUUAGAAUCAAUGCGAAUUAAUUGAAGAAGAAAAAACCAACCGUUCGUUAGGCUUCUGCAAUAAGUGUGUUCAUGCACGGUUAGCCAAGCAGCAACAAUUCAUAGUUUAAACUUUAGGAAAAAAAUAUAUUGUUUACUUACUCAGAAAGCAGGAUGAAUUAUUCGAAUUUCAAAUAAUUUUCACAUAUGUUCCACAUCUCAGUCCAACCAUACAUUUCAUCAAGUAUUUCGAAGAAUCCCUCAACAGAACCUAUUUACUGUCACAAACAGCGGUAAAACGAUCAUUCAAUUGAUAUGUAUCUUGAAGCAGACACUCAUAAUCGUUGUUUUUCUCGUUUACAACUAAGAUCGUUAAGCUAGAUAAUUUUGUCUUUUUACUGUUUUCCGUUGACUUCUAUACAUUUGACAUUGAACGUGUGUAAUAUCAGUUGCCUUAUUUAGUUUUUAGAGUUAUUUUGGUUUUUAAAUAAUAAAGAAUAUUUUGGUUUUUAAUGAUUUCCUUUUUUUUUACUCAGACACUUUCCUAAUUUAAAAAAAAUAGUAAAAUACUUUCCAUUAUUUGAUUGCAAUAAUAAUUCUUUUUUUUUUCAUUCAUGAAGUUUUAUAUAUAAACAAUACCAACACAAUUAGUCUAUUAUGAUAUUAAUUUUUCGUUUAUCAACCAAUCUUCAGCAAUCCAUUACAAAUGUACUAUAAUCGAAACUCAACUUCAAAGCUCCUCGUUCAAACAAACAAACAAAUUAACAAUCUAAAUACUAACAACAAAUUUUGGAAAAGGAAAACUCAUCCAUCUGUAACAAAACAAUAUUAAACUAAACCAGAUAGAAAACGUCCCUUAAAUCGCAUAUAUUUUCCGAACAAUUUAAUCCACAUAGAAACUAUAGAAGUAACAUAGCUACAUACAUACAUAUUGAGGACGACUCCACUGUUUAUACAAACUAUCUCGAUGUAGCUUUAUCAUGAAAUGGAAUGUGGGAAGUGCUUGUGCAGUUUGAUUGGUUAUUUGGUGCAGUUCUGUGAAACGUUCCGAUGUACGUUUUAUAUUCGGGGACAAAUGCGAAAUAGUACUUAACAUGAGAAAACUUAUUAUGCACCAAAAACUGUGAUGCAGUAAAAAAAAAUACCGAAAAACCGAACUACCAAAAUGCGCUGAAAAGUGUACUGUACCAAAGAUGAUAUGAUUGGAAAAACACUUCCGGCAUACAGACUCGAGCUCCCAACUAAAAUGAUGCAUGACCACUACAUUCAAGCGAAACGAGAAAAACAUUUUAUGGGAUUUUCAUGCUAUUGUAUAAUUCAUCCAAGAAAAAAAUUGUGGGAAUCGAACUCACUGCAACAUCCAAUCUCGGCUCGUCAUUCCGAUAUCUUAACCAGUGCACCAUCUAAGUCGGUUAGCAAACGAAAGUUGAUUGUUAUUUAUAGCCUUUUUGCCACCGUCGCGUCGAUUACCCAAAAACCCUACUGCAUUGGCCGUUUGCAAUGCGGUUGCGCUGAGGGGACAAUCCCUGUUAUUAAGAAGUUUGUUAAUGCUGGUCUGGCAUAGCAUCUUAUAUUGAUAAUUCCACCUCCAAUAAAGUUCAUUAUUGGUGUAGAGUCUGGUUUGUAGGUGUACGUAGAGCCGUAAGUGCUUUAUCUCACUACAUUGCUCUCGAGCAUCACGGGUGCUUUCAAUAUACAGGGUGACAAUUCAGUUCCCGUGCUGUUUAAAAAUACUUCAAAACCGUAACCCUGCUUUCAAAUUUAUUUAUUCGAACCACCUGAAUAAAAAGCAACAUUCUAUGGAACAUUGAUAACAACAUCAAAUGAAAAAAAAUCAAAGGUUGCCUCGAAAUUCCUUCCAAAGACCUCAAUACAUGCCAUCAGUCAGUUGCGAAUGCCUCUGACGAUGCUCGCUGGCACUUUUCGUAAAUGUCGUUGACCCUAUCAGAACUGUUUUUAGAUCAUCUCCGGUGAAGUUCAUUGUAAAGUUGAAAGUUUUUCCUGCUAGACGAAUUACAUGGAAUGCUCUUUCACUCACAGGUCUAGUUUUGUCAGCGAGUGUUCUAAACCCUAAAGCCCCAGAAGCGGAAAACAGCUUUUUACAGGUCAAAAUGGUCGAUUCAACGGAAUUCGUCUAGCUCCAAGCCUACUGAAGCUGUGAAUCCAUCUGCACCAAACUACUUCUUUUUUUUUUGUUUCGAUUAUAGUCGUUUUACCAUUAUUAUGGCAUUCGCGACUUUAUCAACGUUACAGUUGGCGAAUCGUUAUUGAAAAACUUAUCCGGUACAACUGUGUUCGAUGUUUACUCUUGGGCUCGAACUCGCGGACAUCUGCUCAGGAGGCAACAGACAAACCAAAAUACUUCGUUGUGCACGGCUUCAGUACGUUACGGAGGAUCCAAUGCUGAGGUCUUGGUCUUGAAGUAACACUGAAAAAACAGCACAGGGGUCCUUUCAGGGAUCCAGAUUUGAUCUUUUUCCUGAAAAAAGCCGGACAUUUUUUUUUUUGAAAUUUUUUGCCUGUAGAAUGCUUAUGCUGACUCUUCUUGAACAAUUGGUGGUAGUGAAGUAGAUCCGUUGUGAAAAUCUUGACGUUAGUGAAAAAAACCCAGGGAAGAGUUUUAGUAGCGAGCAGCGUCGAAGGCAUGUUCUACUUCUGAACUAUUCUUGCAUGUUCAGUCUGAUAAGGUUAGAGACAAACAAGCAGUUGCUCUUAACUCGUUGGUGGUUUAUUAAAGACUAAAUACAGUGAGAUGGCACCCGUUGAUACACGAUAGAAGGGAUAUAAUUCAAUGCGUGCACGGUUAGAUAAGAACACUCAAUUUAAUGUAUAACUUAGGUCUGUUCUUCAACACCCCCUCUCAGACUUAGUGCGGCUCUGUGCUUCUUGAAAGACCCUGGACCCAUGGUAGACCCUUUGUAAACAGAUCCGCUAGCUGCUCCCCGGUCGGUAUGUAUUCGAGCUUGAUCUGUUUAGCCUGGAUCGAUUCCCGAAUGAAGCAAUACCUUUUACGAGAUGCUUCAUCUUUUUCUGGUCACGAGGUUCUUCCGCAACACGGAUACACGACUGGUUGUCCUCUUACAAAGUAGUUGGUGCCAAAUUCCGACAAAAGUU